AUGCAGACCCAAACAUUGGUGUCAGCCUUCCUUGCGACCGUCAGCUGGCUGGGGGCCAACAUGAGCUACACAAAGGACCACGCGCAAGACUGGCUGCUGGGCAAAGUACUCAGCUGGCCUGAGCAGCCGGCCGUCAACAAGGUCGACACACACCAUCACUUUGUGCCACACUUUUACCGAGGGUCAGUCGUGCGCCAGGGACGACAUGAUACCGCAAAGGGGCGGCUGCUAACCUGUGUUUCCUCGUCAGCGGUUGCCAGUGCUGGAGGCGACCCCAGUGGCUGGCCGACGCCGAACUGGAGCCCUCGCGCAACGGAGCUUCUCAUGAACCGGCUGGGCGGCGUCCAAACGGCCAUACACUCGGCCACCGCACCUGGUACAUGCAUCCUGAAGGGUGCGGCGUCGUACAAACUGGCGCGGCAGCUCAACGAAUACGCAGCCGGCGUGCGCGAUGCCAAUCCCAGCCGGUUCGGCUUCUUUGCGUCGCUGCCCAGCAUCCUGGACACGGAGGCGGCGCUCGACGAACUCCGCUACGCGCUGGACACGCUGCGCGCGGACGGCGUCACGAUGUUCACGCGCUACGGCGACGGCAACACGUACCUGGGCCACCCUGACCUGGAGCCCAUCUGGGCCGAGCUCCACCGCCGCCAGUCUGUCGUGUUCGUGCACCCCACGCACCCGGUCGACACGGCCCAGGUGAACUCCCGCAUGCCGCAGCCCAUGGUGGACUACCCGCACGAGACGACGCGGGCGGCCAUGGACAUGAUUGUGAUGGGCACGCGCGCCAAAUACCCGGGCUGCAAGGUCAUCCUGUCGCACGCGGGCGGGACGCUGCCGUACCUCAUCAGCCGCAUCGCCACGCCCCUGAGCAAGACGCCCGACGUGGCGGCGUCGUAUGCGGUGGGGGUGACGCACCGCCGUGUCAUGGACGACUUUCGGAGCUUUUACUACGAUCUGGCGCUGUCGGCGUCGCCGGCGGUCCUGGACAUGGCGCUCAAGACCAUUCCCCACGACCACAUCCUCUACGGCGUAGGUUGCCCCGUCCCUUUGUGGAUGCAAACGAGACGAAUCGGAUGCGAGAUCUGUGAGGCAAACGCUAAUUUGGACGGCUUCGUCCGCAUACAGAGCGACUUUUCGUAUGCACCGCCACCUGCGUAUCCUGCAUUCUUGCAGGAGCUCGAGUCCUACGACAUGGCACCGGAGCUACGGGACCAGAUUCAUUUUGGGAAUGCACGCAAACUGAUUCCUCGGCUGGGUCGAAACAGCAGUCGACUGUGA